AUGACCCAGACCAACAAAGUGACCAUCAACGUGGCCCUCUUUGGCAUGACUCAGAGUGGAAAAAGUUCUGCUGGGAACAUUCUGCUGGGAAGCACUGACUUCCACAGCAGCUUUGCUGCAUGCUCUGUGACCAGAGAUUGCAGCCUGAGCCGCAGUUGUCACCUCCACAACUUCAUGCGUCGUGGGGGACAAGAGACAACCCUGCAGGUCCAGGUGUUGGACACUCCAGGCUAUCCACACAGCAGGCUGAGUAAGCACCAGGUGAAACAGGAGGUCAAGGAGGCCCUGGCCCAUCACUUCGGACAGGAGGGCCUCCACCUUGCACUGCUAGUCCAGAGGGCAGACGUGCCUCUGUGUGGACAGGAAGCGCUGGCCCCCAUCCAGAUGAUCCAGGAACUUCUGGGACAGGCUUGGAUGAAUCACACUGCCAUUCUUUUCACCCAUGCUGAAAAAAUAGAAGAGGCUGGGCUUGAUGAAGACAAAUACUUACACGAGGCCUCUGAUACACUGUUAACCCUACUAAAUUCCAUUCAGCACAGAUAUGUUUUCCAGUAUAAAAAAGGAAACUCACAUAAUGAACAAAGAAGAAAAAUCUUAGGAAGACUCAUGGAAUUUAUAAAAGAAAAUAGGUACCAAGUUCUGACCUUUAAAUAA